AGCCUUGUUUUUCAAACACUACGGCGGCGCUUUAUGUGCCCAGACACAUCUUUUAUAUUAAUGAACAAAUGUUAAAAAAUAUUGAAACAUAGGUUGUUGACUAUGUAGCAAUACUUGCCUGAGGCUGGACUUUAUGUUCUAGUGAAUUUGAAUCGUAUGAGGAACCGUUGUGAGGGAAGCGGGUGCUGAAGUUCGGGAUUUGUCACGUUGUGUAUUGUAUAUUGGAGGCUGUGACAACAAAUCGACUCAUCCUGUGGCUUGUCUGUAGAGGCAUGGAAUUGAAAAAUGUCGAAUAUCAGGAACAAUGGUAGACCAUCCCCGCUCCAGCAACCUUUACGGACGAUAGCAACUAGUAACACGAUUCAAAAUUUACUCUUACGAGAAAAGUCCAAAAUGAAUUCUCCGAUGUCUAACUUGGCGAUGAACUUGAGUGAAUUAAGUACUGGAAGAGGAACACCAAAAAGAAAAUUGUCCCUGUCCAGCAUCGAUACACCCCCAGCAUGUACUUCAGUGACACAAGAGCAGGGGAAUUCGUCAGAGUCAGGGUGCUUUGUGGAUUCCCCUACGCUCCUAGACUCCCCAACACUGGAGAUGAGCCUCCACCGAUUCGCUAAAGCUGUGAAGCCAGAAAUUCCAGUAGAGGCCUUCACCAAGAAGAAGACAAUAUCCUUCAGAAGAAUACAGUCCAUGCCGCUCCCCAUGAUGAGACUGAGCCCGGUGGAUUUCCCAGACAAGGAGAAUGAUUGCUCUGUGUCACCACCGACCUCUACCACCUCACCGGUGCUGAGUCCGAACUCAGAGGUGUCCCCACCAAUCCCAUCCGCCAGAUCUCCCCAAAUGUCCAUCAUCAGCAAACCCAAGUUCUUCCUGGACGAGAACAGCUCUCAGGACAGCGGAGUGUGUCUGACCGAUAGGGUAAGUAACCGAGAUUUUGCCAAUAUCUCUCUGCACCCACAAAAUGAAAUUAGCAGUCCACUGAAAACAAACACGAUUUUGAAUGAUGACGAUGAUGACGAGAAGGAAGUGGACGAUGGCUUCCUGGACAGCUUCAUGGACCAGGAAGUGGCUGAGAUCAACGAUAAUAUUCCCAGCAGUCUGUGCCAGCUGUUUAGUGCUCCUGUCCUGAAUUCCACGGCCAUUUCUUCAAAUGAUCCAGACAAUGACACGCCCAUUAUUCGGCGUACACAGAGGCGGUUACUUCAGCGAUCUCAGUCAACCGUAGAAUCCAAGUGCAGGCUGUCGUCAAAGCGUGAUCGAGACGAAAACACACCAAUUCAAAGCAAAAGACGGCGACCGGUGUCCAUAGAGACCACAAGUCCACCUGAGGAGUCACACCAGAAAUCUCUGAAGCCCAAGCUCCAUAGAUGUCACUCGGAAUCGGAGGCCAUGAUUAAAUCGGCUCUCAAUAGAAUCGCUGACGAGCCAGAUCUUAUUGGAGACUGCUCCAAGCCGUACUGUCUCCCCACCAUUCCAGGCAAGCACUCCGACCUCAAGGCCAUCUCAUCUGAAACAUUGUCACGAGUACUGAGCGGGGAGUUUGAUCAUGUGAUAGAGCAAGCUAUCGUUGUCGAUUGUCGGUAUCCAUAUGAAUACGAGGGCGGACACAUCAGGGGGGCCAAACAUGUCUACACCAAGGAGGCUAUCCUGGAUACAUUUCUCGCCACACCACUGACAACUAAAGAUCCUGAAAAACGCAACAUCCUCAUUUUUCAUUGUGAAUUCUCCUCGGAGCGGGGCCCCAAUCUGUGUCGGUUCCUAAGGAAGUAUGACCGGGACUCCAACAAAGACUGCUAUCCCCAUCUCCACUACCCAGAACUGUACCUGCUGGAGGGAGGCUACAAAAACUUCUUUGAGAAACAGAAGAACUUCUGUGAACCACAAACUUACAAGCCCAUGUUACACAAAGACCACUCUGAUGAUCUGAGACAUUUCCGUCUCAAGUCCAAGUCGUGGGCCGGGGAAAAGACCAACCGACCAGGAUUCCGUCCACUUAAGUUUUAAGCCUUCCCAUCAUGCAUCAGCUGCCAUUGUUCUGUCUCUAUUAGUGAUCUGUUUUUGUUUUAUGUUUGUUUUUAUUACCUAUAUUUUAAUUGUUGUCUGUUCUUUCUUACUUUCGAUCGAACUGUUAUGUUUGUUUAGAAGCUAUAAGGGAAAAAAAUGAGAAGAUGUGAUCAUUCCACUAGGUGGGAAUCAUGUAAUAUUGGCAGCAAUAAGUGCUUUUUUUUUGUCCAAUCAGAUGUAAGCUGCCUCGUUAUAGACAGACAUCACAUCUGUACAGAACUGUACAAAAGUUGGGACCUUGGCUGGGGUCAGUGAAUGUUAAAAUAUGAUGUAUGUGUAAAUACAACACCAGCACAAUGUUGUACUGUAAAGUUGUAAUGUCGCCUGUGAAUUUUGAAUGACAGAUUGGAUAAUGAAUUGUGUGUAUUUGUGGAUGUGUAAGGACUGAUUUUGAAUGUGAAUAAGGAUGUAAUUGUUUUCUGUAACAUGUGAUUUAUAUUCAGAGUCUUCAUAUUUUUUUAUUUGGUAAUAAAGUUCUCAAAAAUAUUUUUCACAUUUUACAAAAUUGAUUGGAAUGGUCAGAGGUAUGAAGUAACUGAGAAUAUUAUUUUUAAAAAACUAAACGUUCAGACACAUAUUGUGUAGGAAGCAGUGUAAUGGUUGGAAAGUGAGAGUGUGAUGAUGCAUUCACGAAUGUGUACAAGUGUAGCAAUCCAUGAUGAAUAUGUAAACAUGAUAAAACAUGAUGUGUAGAAGUGUGAUGAUAGCAUGAAUCAUACAAGUGUACAUGUGUAAUUGAUGUGUACAUGUGUAAUUGAUGUGUAAAUGAUGUGUACAUGUGUAAUGAUGCAUACAUGUGUAAUGAUGCAUACAUGUGUAAUGAAGUGUACAAGUGUAAAUGAUGUGUACAUGUGUAAUGAAGUGUACAUGUGUAAAUGAUGUGUACAUGUGUAAUUAAUGUGUACAUGUGUAAUGAUGUGUAAAUGAAGUGUACAAGUGUAAUUGAUGUGUACAUGUGUAAUUGAUGUGUACAUGUGUAAUGAAGUGUACAUGUGUAAAUGAUGUGUACAUGUGUAAUUGAUGUGUAAAUGAUGUGUACAUGUGUAAUGAUGUGUAAAUGAAGUGUACAAGUGUAAUUGAUGUGUACAUGUGUAAUUGAUGUGUACAUGUGUAAAUGAUGUGUACAUGUGUAAUUGAUGUGUACAUGUGUAAUGAUGCAUACAUGUGUAAUGAAGUGUACAUGUGUAAUUGAUGUGUACAUGUGUAAAUGAUGUGUACAUGUGUAAAUGAUGUGUACAUGUGUAAUGAUGUGUACAUGUAACCUGCCAAAUGUAGUGCUUGAGAUCAGUGCCGAUUAUUUAAGUAUCAUGAUAAUGUUUGUACAUACUGUGUACAGUGUACAGAAAUUCAUGUACAUAGACUAUAUUUAUUUACAAAGCCAUAUAUUUAUCUCGUAGCUUUGCUGAGAGCAAUAUAUAUACUAAAAUGGAGUGGUUUUUGAAUGAGGGCCUGAAGGCAAGAGAAAUAUGUUCAGGUGUCAGAAAAAUGGCUUACGUCAGAAUGGUUCAAGAGAAGAUUUAAGCUUGAAUGGUCUUUUGCUGAAAUUAUAUAUCCUCAGGUUACAUGUGUCAUGUCUAAAUCGUUUUGGAAAAUUGUCUUUGUUUUAGUCUUACUUGUUUGAAACCGAGAAUAGCAUUUAGAAAUAGCAUUUACUUGAUUUGUCAGGUUUGCAAGUGCAAUGUCUGCCAAAAAAAGUGAAGUUUUUGUAGUACAUCUUAUCUCUGAUAUAACAAAGUCGGGGAUCAGCCUUGGCGUAGUUGACAAAGUCGGGGAUCAGCCUUGGCGUAGUUGACAAAGUCGGGGAUCAGCCUUGGCGUAGUUGACAAAGUCGGAGAUCAGCCUUGGCGUAGUUGAGAACUCUUUCUGUUCAGUUGUCAAUGAUAUUAACAGAUUGUGUGUUAGUUGUGCUCGGUAUGCGUCGUCGUGUGAAUAGCUGUAACUUAUUGGUAUUUAUUGUAAAUAGCUUCCUAGUAAGUAGUCUUAGUGAAUAUUUAGUGUCUUAUUUUAGUGUAGUUCUGAUGUGAUGUAUGAAAUGUCUUCACGUGGGAAUUUUUUAACUCAUUUGCUGUAUGUUGUUUAAAUGGUUUUAUAUAGAAAUUCGCUUUAAUUGGUUGGAAACAUUUUACCUCGGUGGAUUUUAGGAGAGAACAAGUUGGUGUUUAUUGGCAGUAUCGGGCUCAAAAGUAUGGUGUUUGUGGGCUGUGUCGGGCUCUAAAGUAUGAGCUGUGGUGGUGUUUGUGGGCAAUAGUGGGCUGGAAGGUGUGAGCCAUGGUGGUGUUUUGGGGCAAUAUCGGACUUCACUAUAGUGUUUGUGGGUAGUAGUGUCAGGUUUACAGGUGGGAGUCACUAUAGUGUUUGUGGGUAGUAGUGUCAGGUUUGCAGGUGCGAGAGAGGUGUUAUCGGUUCAAGCUUGUGGUUUGACUUGUGAUGAAGGUGGUGCAAUACACACAUAGAUGUAGAAGCAGAUCUCACAAAGAUUAAGAAUCGCAGAGUCUAUUUUAUCCUAAGAAUUUUUAUCAAAAGUUUUAUUAGUGAUAAGGUGUGACUGAGCAUUUCUCGAGCUAUAAAGCCCGUGAUGAUUUAGUGAACCAAGAGUGUGUACUGUCAUAUUUUAUUGUGUACGCAGCAUAUACAGCUUACAAUAUAGAAGUGUCUGUACUAACAGAUUAUACGUAAUAAAUAUUUUAUUAUUUGCA